GCCAGGACCGGAAGCGACUUCCGGCCGUUCACUUUUCCUGGGACUGCGCAGGGUCCGUCCUUCCAGACUGGAAGGAGUGUCCAUCAGGAGAGCGCCACCACCUUGUGGGUUAGAGAUUAGCAGUCUUGUGCCCGUCAAAAUGUCUGCAAAAGGGAAAGAGUCGACAGUCCUCCCCCUGCAGACUUCCCAAGAGCCCGAUGGAGUUCCGGUGGUGAAGAUGGAAGAGGAAGAGCUGGCCUGUGAGCCCGACUCUGGACUUCCCCGCAGCAGCAGCAGCUACAGCCCAGACACCUUCCGCCAGCACUUCAGGCAGUUCGCUUACUCCGACUCCACAGGGCCCCGGGAGGCUCUGGACCGGCUCCGCGAGCUCUGCCAGCGCUGGCUGAGGCCCGAGGUGCACACCAAGCAGCAGAUCCUGGAGCUGCUGGUGCUGGAGCAGUUCCUGGCCAUCCUGCCGGAGGAGCUGCAGAGCUGGGUGCACGAGCGUCAGCCAGCCAGUGGAGAGGAGGCCGUGACCCUGCUGGAGGAAGUGGAGAGAGAGUUUGACAGGCAGACAGAGCAGGUCUUACUUUUUGGACAAAGGAAGGACCUGAGUGGAGAGGAGCCGGUGCCUUGGGAAGCCCCUCUGCAGUUCCCAAGUGGCCAGCUGGAGUCUGGGAGGCAGGAGCUCCCAUGGGCCCCAUGGGAAGUGCAGUCCUUCAGACAAAAUGGUGAAGACACCGCAACUGUAAGUGUGAAAACGGCUUCAAGGCAAAAGACCAUUCCUUCAGGCCGAGAACCGUACUGUGAUGUUUCUAACAGUCUCCCUGUGACUGCCUUCCGGAGUCCUGCGGGUGGAGAAAGCAGUGAGCAAAAUGGUGGAUUUGAAAGCAAACCAAAAAACCCCUCUCGAAAAAAACAACACAAGUGCAAUGAAUGUGGCAAAGUCUUCAGCCAGAGCUCAGCCCUUAUUUUACAUCAGAGAAUCCACAGUGGAGAGAAACCCUACACAUGUGACAAGUGUGCAAAAGCUUUCAGCCGAAGUGCAGUUCUGAUCCAGCAUCAAAGAACUCACACUGGGGAAAAACCCUUCCAGUGUCAUGAGUGUGGCAAAGCCUUCAGUCAGAGCUCAAACCUUCUCAGACACAGGAAGCGACACACUAAGGAGAGGUCUCGUCUGUGCCACCAGGGAACCGAAGCACUUAGCUAAAGCUUUCUCAGAAUUAGAGAAGACAUGAGGCGCUAGCAAUCCUGAGGUUUUCUUUUAAGGGUCAUAAAAGCUGGAGAAGAAAAUGUAGACUAUUUCUUGUCAGCAUCAUUUGCCAUUCUACUUAGCAGUGUGGUGUCAGUUCACCUCUCAAAGCUUAUACCAGGUUUCUACCCAUAAGCAUCCCCGACAU